GCACAAGCAUCCACUCACAUCAGAACAUAUCACCCACCCAAGACCCAACCACUUCGAGACUUCAUCAUGUCUAACAACACCUUCAACAACAUCAACAUGGGCAACUACCACAACGGAACUGUCCCCAACACAUCCAUCAUCGAGAACAAUCAGGAUCAAAUGGCGAACGACACUCCCCAGUCAUCCAUCCCCCCUGCCACCGUCUUCAACUUCAAUACCCCCAUCGACAGAGGCAUGCAUACUCAGGAUAUUCAUCACCAAGGCCAGUAUGUCAAUAUGGCUCCCCCUCCCUACCUCGCCGACCCCUUCAACCCCAUCCACUACCAACAUCUCGCGCAUAUCAAGACACUCGAGGACGUUUUCGACGACUAUCCCGUCGACUUCCAGUCGCCACUUAACUUUGAGUACGCCGCCAUCGACGCGGCCGCAGCUGUCCUCGACGCCAGCUAUGGCCGUUGCACCCGAACCACCAGGGGAGUGCAGUGCACUCGCUUCUGCUAGAGGCAGAAUGCGAGGUACUGCCUCACCCACCUUGG